CGUGUCAUUUGGCUCCCAGGCACAUAAACCUUGCAACGCUGGUCUUCUCCGACAUUCAUCCAUCUCUUCCCUGACCAGUCAUGAGUCACAUUAUCUGGUUUUGCGUCUCGUCGCUCUUGUCUAUUACUCCAGUCUUCUCUGAUGAAAAUAUUGACACAAGCCUCCUUAAAAUUUUCCCAUCUGUGAGUAUUGUUGGAGUACAGCAGGUUACCUACUUAAAAGAUCCCAACAGCCCUGAGUACGCCUUCAACGCCUCUGAAGCUCGGGAAGUCUGCCAGUCCCUUGGUCUGAUCAUUGCUUCAAAAGCACAAGUAGAGACGGCUCUAAAGAGAGGUCUGGAAACGUGCAGGUUUGGCUGGAUUGACGAGCAUUUCGUAGUCAUUCCCCGCAUACAGGCACUUGCUAAUUGUGGCCAAAACCGCAAAGGCCUGGUUCCAUGGAGGGCUGGUCUACAUCAAAAGUUUGAUGUGUUUUGCUUCAAUGAAUCAGAUGCAGCAGCACAACUGAAGGACACCGAAUCUAAUAGCAGUUUGAGCAGCAGCUAUUACUCAGAGCACACCGAGUCUCCUACGAGGGCGACGGACUCCACCCUGACAACACACACUUCUUCCUACUCGACUCCUAAAAUCACAGAGGACUUGGCAGAGUUAGCCCAUUUUGUCGACAGCGCGCGAAGCCCCGCUGGAGGGAAAGCUGUACUCAUCUCCUGCACAUGUGCCGUCCUGCUGAUUGCAGUAAUCAUCGUCGCAUACCUAAAAUUGAGACGGAGUCGCUCUCGCAGCACUGACGUGCAGCAGGAGCAGCAGCAGAAAGAGUACAUCCAGACAGAAGAGUGGACAUGUGUGAAGAAUAUUAAAGAAACCAGGGAAGAUGAUCAGGAGGAUGAGCGGACAGAAGACGGCGAUGAUACACAGUGAACAUCUUACUGAUCUUUUGAAGAAACACAGCACAUAAAAAUUACAAUAAUAAUAAAACUCUUUAAGGGCAAUGGUCAUGAUUUGUAUAAAAGUAAUGCAACAGAAUUACUGUAAAGAGAAUUUAUUUUGCAUGUAUGUGUUUAUUAUUUUGCAAUGCUAUUAAAGGGUGCUGUUGGCCACUA